AAACAGCCACAUUUGCUCCGAGCUAGCCGUACCAUAGUAACCAUACACCUCUUGACCAUUAGUGUUCUUCCAUUCACCACUCGCCAUGGCCGCCAAUCCCUCCAACUUCAAGAUCACUCGUUAUUUUGGUCCACCAUAUGCAGAGAACGCCAAGCUUGACUUCAACCACCUUUACCUGCACCAGAUCUUUUCUGGGCCUAACCCAAACCAAGAGCAAAUAGUUGCUGGAAAUCCUACGACUCUGUUUGGAAAGACGGAGGUUAACAACUGGCCAGUAUAUGAUGGUGUUGGGGCAAAUGCAAAGCUCGUUGCCCGGGCGCAAGGCACGCAUGUCAAUGUCAGCGGCUGGUACACCUCAUUCACGAUGGUGUUCGUGGUCGAAAGGUUUAAGGGCUCCACGCUUCAAAUAACGGGAACAACAAUUGAAAAAGAUAGUGAAUGGGCCAUUGUUGGCGGGACAGGUGAGUUUGCAAUGGCUCGUGGUGUCAUAGCGAGAAAAGUGCAAUCAAUACAAGAUGGAGAAAGGCACGAACUAACUAUCGACGCGAUCUGCCGCAUGAAGAACCAACCCAUUCAUACAAAGCUUGGACCAUGGGGUACUCAAGGGACAAAGAAACAUGACAUUCAGGAUAAACCUGCACAUCUAUAUAGUGUGGAAAUUCGGUAUGGCAGUCUCAUUGAUGCGAUCUCAUUUUCCUACAUUGACCAAUCUGGGCAGUUUCGGACAGCAGGUCCUUGGGGUGGAAGUGGUGGGAAAGAAACUAAGAUCCAACUAGGUCCCGGUGAAGUUGUGAAGGAAGUAUCGGGGACGGUCGAUGGCGGUUUCGUAUCCUCACUUAAGCUGGUCACCAACAUCAGAACAUAUGGACCUUUUGGAGAAAAACGUGGCACCUCUUUCAGCGCACCCGUGCCCCUGAAUGGCCACGUUGUGGGAUUCUUCGGGAGUUCAGGCGCAAAACGUGACUUAGUGAAUUCCAUUGGUGUUUACACGGUCUCUUAAAUCAUUCUUGAGCAGCUGCUGAUGCUCUAUCGUACCUUUCCAGAUGGCAAAUUGUUUAGUUUUCUUUAAUUUCAGAAAUAAUAUGGUUAGGGUCCUUCCUAUACCAGCCAGUUAUCUGUACCCCUUGCUCCAGCGCUUUCUGUCAUCUAUUUCAUUCCUUCAAUUAUAAUUAUAAA